AUGGCGCAACAAAAAGCUAUUGCUGUUUUAUUUGGAGUUCUGGUAAAUUGUGCACUGGUUUCAGGUUUUUACUACGUCAUGAAUGAAAUGACGGCAUCAGCCGCCAAAUCGCACUGUGAAUCUCUUGGAUUGAGGCUGGCUGUUUUUGAGACUCAAGCUGAAUGGGAAGAGGCCAGGGCUUUUCUUAAUACCCACAAUUCAAAUUGGGGAAAGAACAAGAAUGUGUGGAUUGGGCUACAGAGAGAUGUUGCACAAUCAGGACUGGUGUACAAGUGGAUCGACGGAUCGACGCUAACUUGGGGUUCAUUUUACAAUAUUCCCUGGAAGGACGGUAGUACACCUGCGGAUGAUCCGACUAAAGCAUGCGUAAGAAUGGAAUGGGGUGCGAACCUCCAGUGGAAACAUCACGAUUGUGCCGCCACAGAGGACUUCUUGUGCGAGGGUUUUUUAAUGAAUCCUUCUAUCACGUCUGGUUGGUACGAUGCCAAAGCCGCUUGUGAAGGUAUGGGAAUGAAGCUCGCCUCUCUGAAAAUUGACGAAAUCCAUCAGGCAGCCGGAAAAUACGUGGCAAUCACAUUUCAAAAUGCAGGGUCUUCUGGUGAUGUCUGGCAUGGUCUGUAUAAGACUACCAGUAGUUCGUUUACGUUUGAGGAUGGAACGGCUUGUACAUCCGGAUCGUUUGGAUGUACCGGUCAUACGUAUCCUUGGCGAUCAUCAGAACCUGAUUCUUCUGCAGAGUGUAUUCGCUUAAAAUAUGUUAGCUUUGGGCAGUAUGAGUGGGCGGACAAUGGAUGUAGCAACCGAUGGAAGUAUUUAUGUCAGGCCCAGUUUACACCGAUCACCACCACAACAACUACCACGACGACAACGACCACAACAACCACGACAAUACCACCAACCACCACAACAACACUCCCAGAGACAACUACCAAACCGUGGUGGUUCGUGGAAUACAGCGCAGACGGAAAAGCAAUCGGCGCGAAUGGAAAGACAUUUGACGAGUCCAAACCACCGGCUAGAUUCGGCAUUAUUGGUCUCGCCAUAGGGUUUUCCACAUUCAUUGUUUUAAUGACCAUAGUUUGCUGUUUGUGGUUUUGUUGUAUGAGGAAUAGAGACGAUUAUCGAUUUGUGGAGGAGGAAGAGGAGGAGAAACCUAAAGCAAUAGCACCUCUCAAUCAGAAACCACACGGGAUCAAGUAUAUUGCCUAA